GUGGACUUUCCCAUCCACUCUGGUUAAAUAGUAGACCCACAUUCCUUCAAUAAUGUCUCUUUGGUGUUCACUCUAUAUAGCUGAAUAGACACACUUCCAAAAUGGCUCCAGAUAUCAAGAUGUAUUUCUGCUUUCAGCUUGUUCUUGCACUAACAGGCACAGGAAUAGGAUCUGCCCUGCCAGGUAAGAGCCACAGUGGAGGGAAGAACAACCCAGUGCUGCAGUAUGUCGUGAACAACUCACUGAGAGAACAUCCUGUCAUGACCAAACUCAGACUGAAAACCCUUGAGGACCCAUGGAGCAUCAUGCUGGUUGCUAGUGAACAAGCACAACUGAUGGCAAAUCUGGCCAAACUGAUCAAUGCCAGCAAAACCAUUGAAAUUGGGAUGUACACAGGGUACAACACCCUGAACAUGGCGUUGGUUGUACCAGAGAGUGGUCAAGUGGUAGCAUGUGAAAUAGACGACGAAUACGUGAACAUUGCUAAACCUUUCUUUAAAGAGGCCGGAGUCGAGGAUAAAAUUACUGUCCAUCUUCAAAUGUGUAUAAAAACACUGGAUGAGUUGAUAGCUGCUGGGGAAGCUGGAACCUAUGACUUUGUGUUCAUCGAUGCGGAUAAAAGGAACUAUGACAGAUAUUACGAGAAGUCUCUUGAGCUUGUGAGACAAGGGGGCAUCAUUGCCAUCGAUAAUGUACUCUGGAGUGGUAAAGUGGUGGACCCUGCUCCUGAUGACCUGACCUCCCAGGCUCUGGACAAGCUCAACAAGAAACUCCACACAGACCAGAGGAUCGAUCUGAGCAUGCUCACUGUGGGUGACGGACUCACCCUGGCUAUCAAACGCUAAUGAUAACUCAUGCUAACUCAUACUAACACGUGAUUACAAAUGCUUAACCCAUACUUACUCCAAACCCGCUGUGAUUUAUUGGGGAUUUAUUGGAGAAGUGGUAAACAUGAAGGGCUGGAAUAAAUAGAUGCUAUUUUCAACAAGUACUGUACGUGUACGAGUGAGAUUCACUUUUUACUUGAAAUUCGAAAGCAUAUCAACCUCUGUCUCAGUAAGAGCUAAAUAACUACCUUUUACUCACAGAGAUUUCUUUUUUUCAGGGUGUGACUAAAAUAUUUUUUUAUUAGAUUUAAAUUGAGUACAGGCUUAACUGAAUGACAACAGAAUACCAUAUGGUAGUUUUGGGGUAGGCCUCGUCUCAGAGGAAUGCUCCACAGAACCAGAUGCUGAUAACAGAUUGCCCUAUGCUGGACAGCUGGCAUCGAAACCCUCCAGCUGGGAGAAGAGGGAUCUGAUGACAGGUCUCCAGGUUACAUGUUGGUGGAGAGGUGGGAGGUCUUUGGAAGACUUUUGCUCCAAAAUAUCAAGUGAGACACAAGGGGUGAGUUGACAUACUCCCCUGGAUUUAUGCCCAUUGGUUGACAGAAAGGGAAGUGAUUAUUGCACGAGUGAGCCCAUAGGUUAAUCAGUAGGUAUGGUGGAAAUGCAUUAGUGUGCCAUGCUCAUUGGCGGAAGUUAAAUAGGUGAAGGACAUACCACCCGCUUGCUAAUGGUAAAGAGGAAGAGAGACGUGAGGCUAUUGUCACGCCCUGACCUUAGAGAUCCUUAUUUAUUCUCGAUGUUUGGUUAGGUCAGGGUGACUCGGGUGGGAAAAUCUAUGUUUUCUAUUUCUUUGUUGUUUUGCAGAGUGUGGUUCCCAAUCAAAGGCAGCUGUCUAUCGUUGGCUCUGAUUGGGGAUCAUAUAUAAGUUGAGAUUUUCCGUUUGGGUUUUGUGGGGUGUCAUUUUCUGUUUAGUGUCUAUGCCUGACAUAACUGUUCGCUUUCUGGGGAUUUGUUCUUUUUGUUUGAGUGUUUCUUGAAAAUAAAUACCAUGAACACUUUCCACGCUG